CCCUAUGAUAUAAGGAAGCUUAGAACUCCUGUCUGGCACUCAGUGGGAUAAUUCAGGUCCGCCGCCGAGCUCCAUCAAUGCAUACGGCCAUCGACAACUUCCCCGGCGAUAGCCGGAGAACCUAUGCAGUUGAAUCCACAUCCCGCCGCCACAAUCAUCUGAACUCUGCAGAUGCCGCUUCUUUCCUCUCUCAGUUCGCCUCAGCUAGUCGGAGUGGCGACUGCGCUCGAUGCCUGGAAUCAACGUCGAGACUCAGCGCCAUUUUAAUGGAUAAUCGGAACCGUUCUCGCCUAGCCGGCGCCGGCGCCGCCUGCGUUCUCGCUACGGCCUUCCGCUCAUUUGCAGGCGGCGGCAGCAGCACCGAACCCGUCCUCAAGGCGAUACUAGCAGAGCUGGUCCUCUUUUUCCCCAUUUAUGACGAGGAGGUAUUUCUCGACAUCGGAUCUCCGGAGUCACUGGAUUCUAUUGUUUCGAUCCUCAAAUAUGGCGAUUCAUUGGGGAAGCAAAACGCCCUGCUCCUGUUGAAGGAGAUCGUAUGCUUUGAUAGUGAACUUGCGAGGGCGGCCGCGAGGAUUGACGGUCUAAUUGAAGCAUUGAUGAGCGUGAUUAGGGCUCCGAAUUCUCCUAGGGAUAGUAAGACUUCUCUUUUGGCGACUUUCCAUCUCGUUGUCUCGGCUGAUGAGUGGGUAGCGAAUAAUUUUGUGAAGAUGCGGUUGGUCGAUUUGAUCAUUGAGUUUAUUGUGGACUCCAAAUCGGAAAGGAAAAUGACCGAGGCGGCGCUUGCGGCCUUUGAUCGACUUUGUGGCUGUGCUGAGGGGAGGGAAAAGGCAUACGAGAACGCGCUGACAGUGCCGGUGCUGGUAGUGAGGAUGUUUGGGAUUUCAGAUCUGGCGACGGAGUUCGCCGUGUCUUCGUUGUGGAAGCUCUGCAAAAACUGGAAGGGAGGCGAGGAGAACGGGGAAAUGGUGGAGUGCAGUCAGGGAGCCAGGGAGAGCGCAACGAAGCUGCUGAAGUUUCUGAAAAUUUAUGGAACGGGGUUGGAAUGCAUUGAUACCAUGGAUUUCAGAGGGCUGAGGAGACCUUUCUGAUUAAUAUAACGAACUAUAAUAUAUAUCAGUAAAGGAUUGUUCUUGCAGCCAGAUUAUAUGGAGCUUGAGGUAUACGCACAAUAAUUGCAGCAUUCUUUCUUUGAUAAUUUAUAUAUAGUCUUAGUUGUGAACCCGUAGGCUUUAUUCCAAAAUUAUUUACGAUUUGUUUCUCUACCUGAAAGUUGCUAUUUGUUUCUCUCAGGUUCCAUUUCCUUGUUGUACAUAGUAGUUUUAACUUAAAAUUUAUAAUGAAUGAUAGUUUAUGUAAUCCUAUUUAUGCAAA